AGAACAAUCUUUAGGGCCCAUAGUUCAUGAAAAAGAAAAAAAAAACCCGGAAGAUGAAAAACGGGGCAAGGGUUAGGGUUUAGGUACUUUAUAUAAAGAAAGAACCUCCACAUUUCUUAUACUACUACUCUUUGCGCCUCCGACGAACCAUCAUCUGCAACUUCGAGGAUAAGAGAAGACUUGCAAAACUUUACAACAUGUCUGGUGAGGAGGCUCCUGUUGCUGCUGAGACCCCUGCUCCAUUGGGGGAGACCAUGGACCUGAUGACUGCUCUUCAACUUGUGCUUAAGAAGUCUCUUGCACAUGGUGGACUUACUCGUGGGCUUCAUGAAGGUGCCAAGGCUAUUGAGAAGCAUGCUGCUCAGCUUUGCUUAUUGGCAGAGGAUUGUGACCAGCCUGAUUAUGUCAAAUUAGUCAAGGCUCUCUGUGCUGAGCACAAUGUCAACUUGCUUACUGUUCCAAGUGCCAAAACCUUGGGCGAGUGGGCCGGUUUGUGCAAAAUUGAUUCAGAGGGUAAAGCAAGAAAAGUUGUUGGGUGCUCCUGUGUUGUUGUCAAGGACUACGGUGAGGAGACAGAGGGACUCCAUGUUGUUCAGCAACACAUCAAAUCUCACUAAACUAGUCAUAUGAGAUUCCUAUCUUAAGUAGGCUCAGUUUUAAUUUUGUUAUGGUGCAUUUUGAACUCGUCAAUAUCCUUGGAACAAAUUUUGGUUAUUUUUAGAGCUUCAAACUAUCCUAAACAAAAAAAAAGUCAUUUUGUCUGUUAUUUUUAUGGUUAAUCAUUGUCAGACGUUGAUGUUUUUGUUUUAUUUGACUUGCCUAAAUUGAUUGCUUGUGAA